GAAGGAGGAGGAGCUCUGGAAGGAAUGGCGGCAUCUGGAGGAAAGGAGCGUAGACGUUUGUCUGUUGAUCGUGAGCUACAGGCGGUUGGCAACAACUGGACUGUGAAUGGUCAGAGGUCAUGAAAUGACGGAUCAGGAAGUGAGGAUGGGGAGAUGGAUGUUGGACGCGGGAGUUUGGAUGAGUGGAAAGUAAUCAAUAGGAAAACUAAAGAUAGAGACGAAUCAGAUUAUAGUGACAUUGAUAAAGAAAUAAAAACGGUGAAAAGGAGUGAAGAUGAGUUCAAGGUGUUUAUCAAAUUGUUACAAGAGGGGACUACUUUUAACGAGUGGAGUCCAAUCCAACUAACCAAAAGUCUGCAUAAAGACAUUGGGGAGGUAAGGAGCGCUAAACAAUUGAGGAAUGGUUCUUUACUGGUAAUAUGUAAAAGUGAUGAACAACAACAGAAAGCAAUAAAGACAAAUAAACUAAAUGGACAGCGAGUGAAGUGUUCAAUGGCAUAUGACAAAAACUUUGUUAGGGGUGUGAUCUCUGGGAUUCCUCUAAGUGAGUCAGUGGAUUCAGUGAAAGAAGGAAUACAAAAUGUUAAAGUAAGGGAAGCAAAGCGACUUAAAACAAGAAGGAAUGGAGUUAUAUGUGACAGUCUAUCAGUACUGUUAACUUUUGACGAAGCUAAACUCCCAGGAAAAGUCUUGAUUGGUUACAUGAGCUAUGAUGUCAAGGUUUACAUUCCUCCACCACUGCGGUGUUUUAAAUGUCAAAGAUAUGGGCAUGUAGCGGCGAUAUGCAAGGGCAAACAAAGAUGUAGCAAAUGUAGUGGUGAACAUGAAUAUGGAAAGUGUGAAGAAGGGGCAAAACUAAAAUGUUGCAACUGUGGAGGAGAACAUAGUGCAGCAUAUGGAGGUUGUGAGGCUAACAAAAGAAUGCAGGAGGUACAGCGAAUUAAAGUAGUCCAAGGGGUUUCCUAUGCAGAGGCAACUAAGAAAGUCCCAAGAGGUGUAGGUGUACCGGUAGAAACAAUAAAGGAUGGGACUAAAGAUGUAAAGGAAUGUGUAAAGUGUGAUCAACUAAAAGAAGAUACGUUGAUUGUGAGUAAAGACAAGUGGAGAUAA